UGAUUUGGUAACUUUCUCACUCCCUGCAUCAAUGGCGUCAAGAAAGGGUAAAGAAGUUGCAAAGGGGAAAGGCUCUACGGGAAAAAGGAAGCACGAUGAUGAUCAAAAUGACAAGACUGGAAAGGGCCGGAAACGGACUAAUCCCAACGUACUUCAGUACUUCGAAGAUGCAGCUUACGAGGUCGACGAUGAUGACGAGAUGGAUGAUGACGACAUUGAGGAUAUGUUCGAUGAUGAUUAUUUUGAAGAUGAUUUUGAUCCCGAGAUUCAUAUCAACAAUGCACCUGCAAAGUCCCAGCUUCCUUUCAUGCCUAAAGAGGAAGACCUCAGCGGAGAUGAACUUGAAAAGAUACUGGAAGAGCGUUAUAGGCCUGGCUCUGGUUUUGUUACAUAUGAGGAAAAUAAUGUAAAUGAUUCAAACCGUCCAAUAGAUGUGAACACCGCAUUUCCCUCUCACAGAGACCCGAAUGUUUGGAAAGUGAAAUGCAUGAUUGGCCGUGAGAGGCAUUCUGUUUUCUGCUUAAUGCAAAAGUUCAUGGACCUACAACCUCUUGGAACUAAGUUGCAAAUUAUAUCUGCUUUUGCCCUUGAUCAUGUGAAAGGUUUUAUUUAUGUUGAAGCUGAAAAGCAACAUGAUGUUCAUGAGGCAUGUAAAGGUCUUUGUACUAUGUACUGGAGCCGAGUUGCACCUGUUCCAAAGAAUGAAGUGGCCCAUUUACUCUCUGUCAGGAGCAGAUUCAGUGAAAUUCCUGUCAUGAGUUGGGCUCGUGUCAAGAACGGGAAGUAUAGAGGUGACCUUGCGCAGGUUAUACAUGUGAAUGAUUCAAGGAAAAAAGCUACAGUGAAGUUGAUUCCAAGAAUUGACUUACAGCUGAUGUCUGAAAAAUUUGGUGGAGGAGCUCCUUCGAAGAAAGAAACUCCAGUGUCAGGAACUACUGCAAAAAAAACUAAUACUCCAGCACCAAGAUUGAUAAGCUCUAUUGAACUUGAGGAAUUCUUGCCAUUCAUGCAAAAGCGGCGUGAUCGUGAUACUGGACUGUUUUGUUAUUUCCUAAAUGGAAUGAUGCUCAAGGAUGGUUAUAUAUACAAGAAAGUUCGUGUUGAUUCAUUAAGUUUUUCGGGAGUAUUGCCUACAGAAGCAGAGCUGCUGAAAUUUGAAUCUCCACAACAAGAAGAUUCUAAUAAUAAAGAAUGGUUGUUUGAACUUUAUGGUGACCAACCAAAGAAACCACCAAGUAAAAUGAAUGAUAAAUGUGGUGGUGGCAAGGGAGAAGGAUCAGGCAGCAAAGGAGAGGCAUCUUCCAGCUCUAGCAUGAAUAGCACCUUUGAAGUGUAUGACCUUGUAUUUUUUGGAAGAAGUGAUUUUGGAGUAAUAGUUGGGACUGAUAAAGAUGACCGUAUCAAGAUUUUGAAGGAUGGUUCUGAAGGACCAAUUGUAAUGACUCUUGAUGCAACUCAAUUGAAACGUGGAUCAUUUGACAGGAAAUUCACAGCAUUAGAUAACCACAAAAAGACUUUGCUGUUGAACGACACUGUUCGAGUUGUAGAUGGUUCAUUACAGGGAAGACAAGGGAUUGUGAAGUUGAUAUACAGAGGAACUGUGUAUAUAUAUGAUGAAAAUGAACUUGAAAAUAGUGGUUAUAUCUGCUGCAAAUCUCAUUUGUGUGAAAAACUAAAAAUCUCUGGUGGAAAGGGGGAAGAAACAGAGGCUUCAGCCUUUGAUGAUUGUCCGUCAUCUCCUAAAACACCUCUAUCAACUGAGAGGCCAUGGGAGGGCGAAAAGAACAACAAAUUCAACCGAGGGGACAACGAAGCAAUGUUCAAAAUUGGUCAAUCAUUGAGGAUCAAAGUUGGUCCUCUGAAAGGUUAUCUGUGUCGUGUUUUAGCCCUGCGUCGUUCUGAUGUCACUGUGAAGCUUGAUUCACAACACAAAAUUCUUACAGUUAAAUGUGAACACCUAACAGAAGUUCGUGGAAAGAGUGGUGCUUAUUCUUCAAGUGACAAUGCCGAGACUGCAAAGCCCUUUGAUCUUUUGGGGACUCAAAAUGGUUCAGGAGAUUGGAUGGCAGGAGUGGGUACAUCAGCAAAUGGCGGUGCUGGUGGGAUAUCCACAGAAAGGAGCUCUUGGCCUGCAUUUGGAUCUUCAAGCUUUUCGCUGGAUCCAGGAUCUACCUCUACAAAUUCCCAAAUGAAAGAUGCAGGAGAUGCUUCUUGGGACACUAAGGUUGCUCCAGCUAUUGCUUCCUCUUGGAAUAAGACUGCAUCUGAUGAAAAUAUUGUUGGCUCUAGUGAACAAUCUGGAGGCUGGGGAAAAAGUGAAAAUGUAGGUAUCUCAAAAGUUGAAAAUGAAUGGAAUAAAGCUAAAGAUACCAAUAAUGUCCCGUCUGCUGUUGGUGGAGGUGUUACAUCCUCUUGGGGUAAAUCUACCGCCGAGGCAACUUCUGAUGGCGGAUCAUGGGCAAAAUCAGUUAAGAAAGAUGGUGCUUCAGCAUGGAACAGUUCCGUUGCUUCAGAACCAGGUAGCAAUGCUGCAGAUGGAGGUCAAACUGAACAGUGGGGCAGUAAUGUGAAGAAGAAAGAUGGUGAAGCUAGCUGGGGAAAUAGUGGAUCAGCCAGUGCUGCUAAUAAGCCUUCAGAUGUUUCUUGGGGAAAAACAGCUUCUAAUGACAACAAAACAGCAUGGGGUAGCUCGAAUGCUGCACCCGAAAGACAAACUGGUGGGUGGAAUAACAAACCUUCUGAUGGUGGUACCCAAUGGGGUCAAAGCAGCAAGUGUUCAACUGAUUCAAGUAAUAAAGAUCAACAAUCUGGUUGGGGACGAAGUCAUAAUUUGGAAAAUAAUUCUCAGGGUGAAGCGUCUUGUUGGAACUCGAGCUCUGCUGGUGGCAGUGAGAAAGACUUGAAGGGAACAACAGAUCAAGGGGGGGAAGAUUGGAUUAAUAAAAACAAAGCUGGUGGAGGCCAAGAUUCUUGUUGGGGCAAGAAAUUAGAUUCUGGAAACCAAGAAUCUAGUUGGGGCAAGAAAAGUUCUGAAUCUGAGAAACAAGAUGCUUCUGGUGGAGGCCAAGAGGCUUCUGGUUGGGGCAAGAAGACUAGUUCAGAUUCUGGUGGAGGAGGCCAAGAGGCUUCUGCUUGGGGCAAGAAGACUAGUUCAGAUUCUGGUGGAGGCCAAGAGGCUUCCGGUUGGGGCAAGAAGACUAGUUCAGAUUCUGGUGGAGGCCAAGAGGCUUCUGGUUGGGGUAAGAAGACUAGUUCAGAUUCUGGUGGAGGCCAAGAGGCUUCUGGUUGGGGUAAGAAAAGUUCAGAUUCUGGUGGAGGCCAAGAGGCUUCCGGUUGGGGCAAGAAGACUAGUUCAGAUUCUGGUGGAGGCCAAGAGGCUUCUGGUUGGGGUAAGAAGACUAGUUCAGAUUCUGGUGGAGGCCAAGAGGCUUCUGGUUGGGGUAAGAAAAGUUCAGAUUCUGGUGGAGGCCAAGAGGCUUCCGGUUGGGGCAAGAAGACUAGUUCAGAUUCUGGUGGAGGCCAAGAGGCUUCUGGUUGGGGUAAGAAAAGUUCAGAUUCUGGUGGAGGUCAAGAGGCUUCUGGUUGGGGCAAGAAAAGUUCAGAUUCUGGUGGAGGUCAAGAGGCUUCUGGUUGGGGCAAGAAGACUAGUUCUGAUUCUGGUGGAGGCCAAGAGGCUUCUGGUUGGGGUAAGAAAAAUUCAGAUUCUGGUGGAGGGCAAGAAUCUGGUUGGGGGAACAAAAAAAGCUGGGAUUCUGGAAAUACUUUUGGUGGGAAUGAAAACCAAUCUGCAGAGGCAUAUGGAGAUGGUGGCCAAAGAGGAGGGAGAAGAGGAGGAUAUAGAGGAAGGGGUGGUUCAGAGAGAGGAGGAUAUAGAGGAGGAAGAGGUGGAGGAUCGGAUUCUGGUUGGGGGGGUAACAAAAGUUGGGAUUCUUCUGGGGAUGGAGGAGGAGGGGGAUGGAGAGGUGGCAGGGGAGGUGGAUCAGAUUCAGGGGAUGGAGAAUCAAGAGGAGGAAGAGGGGGAUGGAGAGGUGGCAGGGGAGGUGGAUCAGAUUCAGGGGAUGGAGAGUCAGGAGGAGGAAGAGGAGGAUGGAGAGGUGGCAGGGGAGGUAGAUCAGAUUCAGGGGAUGGAGAAUCAGGAGGAGGAAGAGGGGGAUGGAGAGGAGGAGGAGGGUAUAGAGGCGGGAGAGGAGGAGGUGGUGGAUCUGAUUCUGGUUGGGGUAACAAAAGUUUGGAUUCUUCUGGGGAUGGAGAAAGAGGAGGAGGAUGGAGAGGAGGAGGAGGGGGAUGGAGAGGAGGUAGAGGGUCAAAUUCCGGGGAUGGAGAAACAGGAGGAGGGGGAUGGAGAGGAGGCAGAGGGUCAAAUUCCGGGGAUGGAGAAACAGGAGGGGGAUGGAGAGGAGGCAGAGGAGGAGGAGGGUAUAGAGGAGGCAGAGGGGGAAGAGGAAGAGGUGGUGACGAUGACGGUGGUGGUGGCGGUGGCGGGUUUGGGCAGUGGGGGGGAAGUUCUUCUAGUUGGAGUGCAUCAGUAGGAGGAGGAGAUAACAAAGAUUCAUCCUCAGGUGGUGGUGGUGGUGGUGGUAGUUCUGGUUGGAGUACGUGGGGGGACAAAAAGGCUGGAAAUGUUACUUCUGGUAGUACAGCAGCAGCAGCAGAUGGAAAGAUGGAUUGGGGAAGUGGGCCUGGUGGUGGUUCUGGUUCUACAUGGGGUGGUGGGAACAAGCAAGAUUCUUCCUCAGGUGGAACAGGUGGUGGUGGUUGGGGUCAAAAGUCCAAUGUUGCAGCAGCAGAAGCAGCAGCACCAUCAGCAGGUGGUGGUGGUUGGGGUCAAAAGGCCAAUGUUGCAGCAGCACCAUCAGCAGGUGGUGGUUGGGGUCAAAAGGCCAAUGUUGCAGCAGCAGAAGCAGCACCAUCAGCAGGUGGUGGUGGUGGUUGGGGUCAAAAGGCCAAUGUUGCAGCACCAUCAGCAGGUGGUGCUUGGGGUCAAAAGGCCAAUGUUGCAGCAGCAGAAGCAGCACCACCAUCAGUAGGUGGUGGUGGUUGGGGUCAAAAGACCAAUGUUGCAGCAGCAGAAGCAGAAGCAGCACCAUCAGCAGGUGGUGGUGGUUGGGGUCAAAAGACCAAUGUUGCAGCAGCAGAAGCAGCACCAUCAGUAGGUGGUGGUGGUUGGGGUCAAAAGACCAAUGUUGCAGCAGCAGAAGCAGCACCAUCAGCAGGUGGUGGUGGUUGGGGUCAAAAGACCAAUGUUGCAGCACCAUCAGCAGGUGAUGGUUGGGGUGAAAAGACCAAUGUUGCAGCAGCACCAGCACCAUCAACAGGUGGUGGUGGUUGGGGUGAAAAUGCAACAAAAGGCCAAGGAGCAGGAGAGGAAGGAGGUAAUAAUAAUGAUCCAUGGGGAAAACCACCUCCCACAAAUAACUCUUCCUCCUCUUGGGGGGGCAACAACAAGUAAGCAGGAGAAGAAGGAUGGUAAGUAAGUAUUAUUAUUAUUAUUGGAGAAAACCACCUCCCCCAAACUCUCAUUCCCUUUUGUUUUUGUUUUGGUUGGUUUCCUAAACUAUUUUCUCCUCUCAAACUUACUUGCUUCUGCUACUGCCGCUCACUUCAAAUUAAAUACUAACUUUUUCUUAGCC